UCAGACGAGAUUAUUUUUUAAUAAUUUUGCAAAACUUAAAAAUUACGCAUAAAUAAUAAUAAUAAUUUAAAUUAUGAUUAAUGUAAAUAAGUAAUAUUUAUUUCAACAAUAGUAUUUAAAUAUAACAGUUGAAUAUUAAAUAAUGAGUUAAGUUCUAAAUGUCAAAUUUAUUUAUUUACUACAAAUGUGACAGCCUUCAAUACUCGGACUAGGUUUGCUUGAUUUAGCUGCUGUCAAUUGGCCAAAUUGUGUCUAUUGUCAAAAUAAUAAAUAAAUUAUUUAUCAUUAAUUGACUGUUGAUUAAUAUUUAAAAUUAAUAAAAAUGCAUGACGCGUAUGAAUCAAGUCCUAUUUUAAAACUCACUGUCCAAAUUGAAUCUAUGGCAGCUUAUGAUGAUAAUUUAUUAAUUGGAACACGCGAAGGUCAUUUAUUAAUAUAUAAUGUACCUUUAAAAUCAAACGAAUAUGGAAAAUUGGAGUUACUGAGAUACAGUAAAAAUUUCAGUAAAAAAAGAAUUGUUCAAGUUGACGUGGUACCAGAAUAUAAUUUAUUAAUUCUUUUAACAGAUGAUAUUAUUUGCGUACACGAUUUAAAUUCCGUUAAUAUUCAACAAAUAAAUCAAUUACCCAAAACUAAAGGAGCAACACUAUUUGCUUUGGAUGUUAUACGUGCUGGUAGUCUAACUGGAGUACGAUUAUGUGUAGCUGUUAAGAGAAAACUUCAAUUAUACUAUUGGAAAGCAAAUAAUAAUAAAUUCCAAGAUUUAGGUGAUGAAUCACGUAAUGAAAUAUCAUUGUCAGAUGUACCACGUGAAUUAGCGUGGUGUGGAGAGACACUGAUAGUAGGUUUUCAUGGUUUGUCAUACACAUUGAUAAAUCUUGAUGGUAAAACCAAAGAAUUAUUUCCAACUGGUAAACCACCAAAGCCAAGUAUUACUAAAUUAUCCGAUAACUCAUUUGCUUUGGGAAAAGAUUCACAAUCUAUAAUAAUGAAUACUUCUGGAGACUUGAUACAACAUAAUCCUGUAAAAUGGACUGAUUCACCAGCAGCUACAGCAUGGGAUGAUCCUUAUUUACUGGGAAUAGUACAUGAUACUCUUGAAGUCUAUACAUUAGAAGGUUCGUUGCAUAUUCAGACCUUGAUGGAUUUUAAUAAAGCCCGACUUUUAUGUAGAUGUAAACAGGGGAGAGUUUACGUGGCUUCGAUUAGUCAAGUUUGGUGUGUUAGCUCAGUUGAUGUUGAACAACAAAUACGUAAAUUACUUGAACAAAAUCAAUUUCAAUUGGCUUUAAAACUUACUAGUUUAUCAGACACUACAGAAGAAGAAAAGGCAAAACGAACGUAUAAAAUUCAAACUCUUUAUGCUCAUCAUUUAUUUUGUAAUAAAAAGUUUCAAGAAGCGAUGAAACAAUUCCAAGAACUAGGAACAGAUCCUUAUGAAGUUAUAAGAUUAUUUCCUCAUUUAGUAUCGCAAUCGGGUAACGCUAAUGAUGUUAAUGAACCAGUUGCUGGAUUACCAAAGCUACAAGAUCGUGAUUUAGAAAAUGGACUAUUGGCAUUAAUUGGUUUCUUAACUGAAGUGCGGCAUAAUUUGAUGGGUGGUACCGAUUCAAAGGAUAAAGACAGUAAAACUGAAAAAAAUAAAGACAAAGAUAAAAAAGCUAUGACUGCUGUUGCAACCGAGCAGUUACUAAAAAUAAUUGAUACGACAUUAUUAAAAUGUUACUUACAAACAAAUGAUGCAUUAGUUGCUCCAUUACUGCGGCUCAAUCAUUGUCAUCUUGCUGAAGCUGAAAAGACUCUUUUGAUGCAUCAAAAGUAUCCAGAGUUGAUUAUUUUAUAUCAAACAAAAGGGCAGCACAAGAAAGCUCUUGAGUUGCUGGAGAAACAAUCCAAGCAGAGUGAUUCAAGUUUACGUGGAACUGAAAGAACAAUUCAGUAUCUCCAGCAUUUAGGAAAAGAUCAUAUGGAUUUAAUUUUAAAAUUUUCUGGCUGGGUAUUGGAACAAGAUCCAGAACAGGGCUUGCGUAUAUUUAUGGAAGAUAUUCAGGAAGUGGAGCAGCUUCCAAGACCAAAAGUUUUAGAUUAUUUACUCCGUUGUCACAAAGAUUUAGUGAUAACUUAUUUAGAGUACGUGGUACGAGUGUGGGAGGAUGAGAAUCCACUCUUUCACAAUGUCCUCGUUCAUCAAUAUAAAGAAAAAUGUUUGUCAUCAAUGAGUCUUGCUGCCACACCAGCAGAAAAACAAAAUGGCGAGCAUGUGCGACAAAAAUUACAACAAUUUUUAGAAAAAUCAACUCAAUAUACUGCCGAAACGGUACUAAUUCAAUUUCCAUCGGACUGUUUGUAUGAAGAACGGGCUAUUAUUCUCGGUAGAUUAGGUCGUCAUCAUCAGGCGAUAUCUAUCUACGUAAAUUUACUCAACGAUGUACCAAGGGCAAUUCAAUAUUGUAAUAGUGUUUAUGCUAGAUACGAAAGUCAAAAAAAUACUGAAGGUGGUAAGUGUCAAGAUGGGGCUGACGAAGUUUACGUGACACUUAUUCAACAGCUUCUUAAACCUGAGCCAUUUUUUGUAACUGGUUCAUCAGAAAUACAAAAAACAGCUCAACCAGAUUUAGAAACAGCGUUAGAAUUAUUAGAACAGUAUGCAUCUAAAAUAACUCCAAUUAAUGCUCUUGAAGUAUUACCAGAUAAUGUUCCAAUAGGAAGGAUAAGACAUUUUUUGGAAGCUAGUUUACACAAUCAGUUGAGUGAAAGACGGAAAACUCAAGUAUUAAAAGGAUUAUUACAAGCUGAACAUCUUCAAGUACAAGAACAGAGGAUGCAUUACGAGUCUAAAAGUGUACUCAUGACUGAAUUUAAUAUAUGUCCUGUGUGUAAAAAAAGAUUUGGCAAUCAAAGUGCAUUUGCAAGGUACCCUAAUGGAGAAAUCGUUCAUUACUCAUGUCAAGAACGUAAAACGUAAAAAAUUAAGUAAAUUUAAUCGUGAUAAUAAUUUUUAUUAUGUAAAAUAUAUUAUUAAUUAUUAAAUAAUUGUAUAUUACUCAAUUUUAUUAACUGAGAUAAUUUUUAUGCAGCCUGAAAAAUAAAAACAAUUUAAAAAUA